GUGAUUCUGCUUUGAACAGUGCUUGCCAGAUUUCAGCAGAGAUUUCCAUUUUCUGGCUCCAAUGAAUGCGGAGAGGAUCUGAGAAUCCACUAGCCUUGGCCCUGGGUCUUUCAGCUGCUUGUAUGGACGUUUUGCCCAAGAAGCUUUCUCUCUUCAACUCAUCUGAAAGAAAGUCUUGCAUACGAAAAGGUUGUCAAGGUUCUCUAUCCUAGCUUAGCGCUAAACAUUCAUGGUGCACCACCAUCGAUCGCCCCAGUUUGUGAAAAAUAGCAUACAAAUGGUUCUGCCAAACAUAACUUACCUGCUCAGUGUGCUCAUGAGCAUCCUAGCCAAGCCGCUUUAGAAGUCCACAAGAUGUUCUGAGCUCUGCCUUGCGUGGAGGCGGCCAGUACUUGACCACAGCUACGAAAAGAAGCUUCAUUCACUGCAGGGGAUCUCUGGAAAUGUGUGGCAUUGCAUUUGUUCUGAAAUAUGCGCACGUCCGGUGCUCGGCCUGCGGUGCUGCCUUUUUGAGCUAUCAGGAGGAAUGUGACCAUGGGCGACUUGGCGAAGACACUGAUGAUGUAAGCGAAGAGGAGUCAAGAGCGUCAAUUGGCCUUGAAGGGGCGCAAAGAAGCGAUGGUGAGACAAGGGAGGCCGCCUGUAAUAUUGGCCCCUCAAUCGAGGAUCUGGCACAGGAGCUUCAGAGGAGGGGCCCAGAUGGAGUGUGCCACCUCAGCAUCCCUCUCGCUGACGUCAGCACCUCCACACCCGGUGGUACGACCAAGCCCAGCGACUCAACACUCCAUUUCAUAGGGGCGGAGUUGCAGCUGCGGGGGGCGGAAGUUGUGAGCCAACCCCUGGAGGACGGGUGUGGGAACGUGCUUGUGUUCAACGGCGAGAUCUUUGGCGGUCUUCACGUGGCCCCGAACGAGAACGACGGACAGAAGCUGCUCGAGGCGCUGCGGGUUGCCUGUGCUUGCCCCCCUACUGACGUCACGAACCCGCUCAGUGACGUCACCACCCCUUCCCUUGAUGCCAGCCCCCCUCUCAAUGACCCCAGCAAUGGCGAAUACUCGGGUUCGGAACCAGGGGCGAAGUGCUCCCAAUGUCAUCGACCGCCCGUUGUCCGCAUUCUGUCCGAACUGAGAGGCCCCUGGGCGUUGGCGUACUGGCAGGCGGCAAUUCGAACGCUUUGGUACGGGCGGGACUUCGUCGGACGGCGCAGCCUGGUCGCGCAUCUACCGGACGAACUAGACGGGCGGUUCAUCGUGUCAUCUGUUGCGGUUACGAAGAGACGUUCGGUGGAGUCUGUUGUAGAGAACGGUCAAGAGCUUGUGAACGAGUUUGAUGAGGGGUUAAGCGACUUGAAACUGAAGGAAGAAGUCAGCGGGGGAGAGUCCUUCAUAAACGAGGAAGGAACAAGCCGUUUAAGCGCAGUGCAGGCAGGCGCGAUUGAUCCCAGCUCCAAGUGUCCGACUGCGACGACCGACGGAAGUGACGAGAAACUCCAGCGGCAGGCAAACGUAGAUUUGGAAGCCGGACGGUUUUCAGUCGCCGAUGAUCUGGGAAAGGAACGGAAUGGAAACGGAAGGGAAAGCGGGAGAGACGCGUCCGGUGCCGGGAGGGGCGGCCCGGAAGAGGAGGCCCUGUUCGACUUCUGGGUGGACGUUCCGGCUGGCGUUCACAGCUACCGGCCCGAAAACGGGGCCCACGCCAGGCACGCCUGGUCGGACCCCCAAGUGGCGCGGCUGUCCCGGUGGCGGAGGGACCGGGUUGAGCCGCCGGAUGACGUCAGCGGGUGUGCUGACGUCAGUUAUGAAAUUUGCGGUGGCGCCGGGAGAAAGUCGGAAGCCGCAGAAGGGGCUGGACGGGCGGAGCUCGCAAACGGAAGCGGAAGGGAGCAGCACACGGACGGUGAGGAAAGGGUGCGAUCAGAAGAAGCAAUGGCAAAUGGGGACUCCGCUGAGGGGAGUUCGGAGGUUGAAAGAUCAGAUCGAGGCAAUGUAGUAGAAAUUGCUGUCGGAGGGGGGUUCCGGACAGUGGCAGAAAGGGGCCCGGAAGGGGAGGUGGUAGAAAGAGGGGCUGAGAGAUGGGGAGGGGGCGUGGGAGAGGGGUUGCCAAAAGAUGGGCAGCAAGGGGGAGGGGCAGAAGCACGCCAGUGGAGAGGGGCGGCAGACACUUGCAAACAGCGUGGGGUUAAACCGAAGCACGAUGAGUUCGAAGAUGCGGUGGAACGGCUAUUGGAGGCGCUCAGCCAGGCGGUCGCAAAGCGAGUCACCGGUAUCCGGAAACGAGACGAGUCUGGUUGCUACGGAAGAGACAGAAGCAGCGGCGAGUUAAGGAACUGGUCAGACAACGGUUUUAGCAAUAAGUCAAGCAACGGGUUAGAUCGGUUGACCAACGGGUUAUGCAACGUCCAAGGAAACAAUGCAUCUGGCAGCCCGCCAAGCAACGGACCCAUCGGCAGCACUUCUGCUACGCAGUCCGCAUCUUCGUUCGAGACUGCUGACGUCAGCUCGGGCCGACCAGGGCGCCCUGCUGACAUGGCAGUUCUCUUUUCGGGCGGGCUAGACUCCAUGAUUCUGGCGGCGCUGGUCGGUAGACACGUCACCGAAGGGGCGACCAUCGACCUGAUCAACGUGUGUUUCGAUGGGGGGACGUCGCCGGACCGGCUGUCGGCGAUUGCGGGCUUAAAGGAAUUGAAGACGCUCUUUCCUGGUCGAAGGUGGCGGCUGAUCCGCGUCGACUCGUCCCUAGCAGAAGUCGACUUGCACCGCCCACGUCUUCUUUCGCUAAUCUGCCCCUCCCAAACCUACAUGGACCUCAAUAUCGGCGCCGCGCUCUGGCUCGCCGCACGCGGCCGCGGCUUCGUCGCGGUAGAAGCCGCUUCAGAGUCUGAUUGUAAACGUUUGCAAUCAUCGAACAGUUUGGACGAGCAAUUGGACUGUGCGGAGCGCGCUCAACCCAGGACUUCGGACGGUCGGAGCAGUAACCUGCAAGGUGCGGAACCGUCAAACAGGUUAGAAUCCAGAGAAGAGACUCGAAUUGGUCCAGAGUGCACCGUAUUAAGAGCAGCGGAAGGUCAAAGCAGAAAAGCAGAGAGCCAAUCUGACGGGGCGGAAGACAGUGGUGACCGACGAGCGGAUGAUUGGCGGCAUAUCGAAGCUGGGCAGUUGAGGAGGUCGCAUGGGCGACGGUCGGGUGGUGAGGACGGCUGUGACAUCGGACGGUCGGACGAUCCUCAUCGGACGGCUGAAAAUCCGUACACGAGUUCCGCGCGCGUGUUGCUGGUGGGCAGUGGGGCCGACGAGCAGUGUGCCGGGUACGGCCGGCAUCGCACCAAGUUUCGGGAAGGAGGGUGGCAGCGUUUGGAUGCCGAGAUGCGCUUAGACGUCCUGCGGCUGUGGCAGCGUAACCUCGGGCGGGACGACCGGUGCAUAGCUGACCACGGGAAGGAGGCCCGCUUUCCGUUCCUCGACGAGGACGUGAUGUCGCUCCUCCUUUCGCUCCCCCUUUGGACCGUAGCGGACCCUCGCCUGCCGUCCGGGGUAGGCGACAAGAAGCUGCUUCGAGCAGUCGCCCGACGUUUGGGCAUCAGGGCUGCCGCCGCGCUUCCCAAACGGGCAAUACAGUUCGGGAGCCGCAUCGCCAGGGCUUCGAAUCGGCGCGACUUCGGGAGCAACCGGGCUGCUAACGCGUCAGCAGCCGGAGGCGUUAGCUUCCGCAAAGACCGAUCUGCGGACCCUACUUGAUACACAAUUCGGCCCGCAUCAGCGUGUCCUUUACUUUCGACCGACUUCCAUUUGCAGUAUUCUUUCCGCAUUGGGCGGCAUGGGUGAUGGCAGACUCGUCUCAAGUGUCCAAUCCGAUUGGGU